GAAUAAACUUCGACGCCCGUACUGCUUGUUAUACAACAGGAUCAAGGGGGAUUCCAUAAAUUUUGUAUAUUUGCAAUCGAUAUCGGCGAGAUGAUUCUGAAUUUGUUUGACGGAAUAAAAUCAGCUGUUGGUAAACAACUCACAGCAAAUGUGAAGCCAAAUGUGGACUCCGCGCUUUUCAAGUCUAUGAAGCUGGCGGCGGCCUUCACGGGCAUGGCGUUCGUCUUGGUCACGGCCCGAACCUACAUAGGUGACAACAUCGACUGCACGGCUGGUGCUGCUGUAAAAGAAGAGGAGACCAAAGCCAUCACCAGCUAUUGCUUCAUUACUUCUACUUUCACAUUGUCCAACUUCACACUUCCGGCCGCUUCUCCGCACCCCGGACUGGGCCCGGUGCCCCACAGAGAAGUCUUCCCACCAGGCAUCGGGGUUGAUUCUGUGGUGGAGGAAGAUGAAGGCGUGACGUUCCACGCGUAUUAUCAAUGGGUUCCUUUCAUGAUUGCGCUGCAGAGUGUUCUGCUCUUCCUGCCUACCAAGAUAUGGCAGAGUAAAGAGGAUGGCCACCUAGAAUAUCUUCUCUGCGACACGCACAAAGUCCAUGUCAAUAAAGAACUAGCUCAUGCAAAGAGGAGCCAAAGUGUCAACGUAUUCAAUCACUCACGGAAUUUUAGUAACGGAAAAUACCUGGCGUGGUUCAUCAUGUGUGAAAUCUUGGGCUGUGGUUUCACAAUCGGGAACCUUUUUUUGACGGACGCCUUCCUCGGGGGACAGUUCUUCGAUUUCGGGAAGGGGGCGUUGAGCUACCUUACAGGGAGUGUCACUGAUCCCAAUAACCCACUCAACAUUGUCUUCCCUAAGAUUGGCAAAUGCACGUGGUAUAAAUAUGGUCCAUCUGGCAGCAUCGUCAGCAUGGAUGCCAUUUGUGUGCUACCUCUGAACAUAGUCAACGAGAAAACCUACGUGGUGCUGUGGCUGACGUAUAUCUUGCUGUGCGCCUUCACGUGCGCCGCCCUCCUCUAUCACUUCUUCCUCCUCCUCGUGCCUGGUCGCUUGGAUGCCCUCAUCACUCGACGUAGCGAAAACAAACGGGACAUGAAGGUGGUGCUGAAGGAGUGCUCUAAGGGGGACAAGUUCAUCCUGUGGUGCCUCCAGUCGUACGUCGUCGACUUCGGCAAGUGGACCGCGCAGCUCAUCGAGGAAGCAGGCUUCGGCAAGCCAGAAUUUGAACUGAAGAAUUGACCCUCCCAACAUUCACGGAGGUUCAACAUGAACUUAAGCGCAGUUCAAUUGAGUGAACUUGUGAUAACAUACUGCCUGGAAUUCAUGAGAAGUGUAUUUCGAUUGUGUAAUUUCACUAUUUGUAACAAUUGAACAAAUCCUCACUCUCAACUAGCUUAUGAGGUAACUGUGAUUACAUAACCACUUUGAAAUCGAGAUUCGUCGUUCUUCGAGAAUUACUACAUUGCAAAAACAUGAGCUGCUUAGUUAGUUGUGAUGUUGAUCAUUGAUCAUCAUUCAUUCAUAUGCGUUAUUUCCUGAACCGAACUUUGUGUGAAUGAUACAUCUUGGCGGUUCUGUACAGUCCCGUGAACCAAUAGUUGCCUUCCGCGUUCCACAAUCCAGUAUAUUAUUCGCUAACGUGUAGCGUUAAAGGUACUUUACGUUUACGUUAAUCAAUGCGUUAAUAUACUGAGUAAAUUUAAAGUUUCAUUUCAACGGUCGGCUGCCGAAACAUGGUGGGCGGUCUGUGGAAACAGUUGUAAAUCGUUGCCAGAUAUAUUCUGUGUUAGCAAGUAAACAUUUUCAUGAAGUAAAGAAUAACUGCCUGAAUCGUUCCUUAGCCCGUAAAUUUUCGCGCAUCCCGGGCAGGUUGCAAAUAUUUUUUAAUACAGUGUAAUCAUGACUUACUGAGGAUGCUAUCUGAAUGUUAAGAUUGAUAACCACUAUAUUAUUCAUGGGACAAUUAAGGCUUUUUUUCAUUCUUUAACAGCGCGGAACAUUUCGACUAUAUGUGAAAUGAGAAUGCAGAGUAAUUUGCGCUAUUAUUCGCGCUUUGCGGACGGAUAAAUUCUGUUCCGGAAUCUGGGCAAUGCUCAAGUGUUGCAUUAUCUUCCUAUGAUGAUUGAAACAGAAAAAACAUUCACAGUGCGUAUCGACUUUUUUCACGAAAUUUUAAAUUUAAAACUGUGAGAUUUACUUGCACAUUCAGAAUAUUUUAUUCGCGUGUAAUGAUACACCGAGCAAGAUUACUUAGGCAGGAUAGAUCAUAAUUGAUUUCAGUUUAUUUCCUGUCUGUUAAGAAAUUCAUAAAGCAUCUGACCGACGCAGAAUGCGUUCGGUAUUGAAGAAGUUGUAUUUGUUGUUCUAUUAUUGUAAAAGCUGCGUAUUUUCAGUUUUCAUUUGCUUUAAAUUCAUAUUGUUGUUAUACCCGUGCUAAAUGAUCAAUGAAAAUAAUGAAUAAUUAAACUCUUUGGCGUCUUUUGCUUUACUAUUUUGGAAAAAUAAGAAUUUCUCUAAAACAUCUUUGCUUACCGAUAAACAGCUAAUUUAGUGCGUGAAUGACGGGCCGUAGCUCGAAGCUCAUGUUAUUCAUAAAACGCUUCUUAGCUUGCCGCUAUUUAUAUGCUCGUAUUUGCUAUGGCCAAUACGUGAUAAUUGUGCUCAGUGAGAGGUGUUUGCAGUGAAACUAAAACUUCUUUCCUUUGUAACAAAUACCUAACUAACCAAUUUUCUUAAAUUGUAACAGAAACAAUUUCCCGAGGGUUGGAUAAUACAUUUGUUGCACGUUAUAAAAUGAAAGAAAAUGUACGCUUAAAUUCAUCGUUACAAUUUAAAGCAAAUCUAUAAAGUUAAGUUUGUCAAUGAAAUUCUUGGACCUUUCAUUGAUAAUUCAACUGAUUAUUUGGCCAUUCUAGGACAUUAUCCGUUCACAUCUAAAAUCCACCACAAAUAUUUUUGUAUUUUUGUAAGAUUCAUCUUGGGAACGAUUGUAUUUUUGGAAUUAAACGAUUGUAUUAAAAAAAAAAACACUGAACGUUA